UCUUUUCAUUUUGCAAUAUAUUUAGACCAUUGCUCCGCCCUAACUUCACUCACUUUCCCCAUUGGUGUUGAGGUCAAAUUUGAGAAAUUGAGGAAUUUGGGAAUAUUGUUUUGUAUAUGCUAUAGUCAGUUUAUGCAUAGUUUAUGACUUAAACUUAGCUUAAACUAAGGCUUCUCUAGAUAAUUGAAAUGAGAAAAAUGUGUGUGGUAUUGUUAAUAGAGUUUGUCUAGUUUGGAUUGUGUUUGUGACAGUUGAUGUAUGAUUGUGUUUGUUAAUGCUGCUCUGUUAUGCAACAUUUAAGUGAAUUAAUUAUGACCACAUGGAUUAUGGCGCUUUAGGGUAGUCUCACAUGAUUAAGGAAGUUUGUAUAGUUCAUCAUGUUUAUUUUUCUUAUGCAGUUGAUUAUAACAGUUUGCAGUUCUUACCCAAUUGGUAUGUGUACAAAAAUAUAAGCAAAUUUGAACUAGAUAAAGCUCUUAGCUCAAUAGUCCAUCUCCUUAUUGCCUUUCACAUUCACCAAAAUGCUUAGUUUCUGUAGUCAUACUUGAAAAGUUCAAAGUGUACUCUCUCCCAUGAAACAGGACUUCUACUAUCAACUAAAGACUUCUUUGAAAUGUUACUUUGAUAUUAAUAUUACUGUCAUAUUAUGGCAAACCUUGACUUAUGCUUGCAUGUAAGAGUUCUGUGCAAAUUAUUUUUGCUUCUUGCAUUUGUUACUUUUUCAGUUUCAUGCCCUUAGUAAUUAGUACUAUGUCGUUGUAAUAUUCAGAGAAAUCCUCAAAUUUGUGGAAGCCACUCUUCUGAAAAAUCCUCGUGGAUGUAACAGUGGCAAUAACUCAUACCAGUAUCAUAUUAAAUAAAUAAAUUCAAGUGUUCUACCUACAGGGUACAGAUUCUGUUCAUAGAGAUGAUAAUCUGAUAACUCUUUUUGACUUUCACUAAUAUCCAAAUAUUCCAUUUUUUUACGGAAAGCAUUUUCAUGGCCUUCUGAUUGGGAGCAUGAGGUGAAGAAGAUGUGGCAUGAAAAAGCUGCAAGAAGAUACCCGGGUUUUAUCAGUUCCUUGAAGGUGAUGCACAAAGCCGGUAAAUCCCGGCCAAUUUACGUACCUCUAGAGUUGUGGAGUGAACUGAUUAACCAUUGGAAAGAUCCAAAUGUCAUCAAGAGGUCUGAACCUGCAAAGAGGGCAAGAAUGUCCAAACCCCGAUGGACCUGGCACAGGAAUAAGCAGACAACGAGGAGGGUCGGUGUCUGUUGAUGAGAGAUCUAUGCGGAAGGCUGCUGAGAGGGGAGUAUCGAUCAUGGAUUGUGUGUAUGAAUCUUUCAGUGAUAUACACAGGUUCAAGGACGGCCAGUAUACAUACAAGAGAGCUGCAGACGUUGAUGCAAGAGUGCAAGAGAUUGCUGCAAUGCAGGGUGAGAACGCAAAUCUGAGCCAGAUCUUUAUCAAUGACGUUUCUGGAGGUAAGCUCGAUAAAAAGAUAAGGAUGUUUGGAACUGGGAAUCUGGCAAAAAGCCUUGUGGGUUGACAAGCUCCGGGAUUGAAUGCUCAUACCCCGACUGGCUUAGCUCCUUCUGUACGAGCUGAGAUACAAGAGGAAUUGCGCACAGAAAUGCGCACUGAAUUGCGCCAAGAAUUGCGGGAAGAAUUAAGGGAAGAAAUGCGCCAGGAGCUCAAUGCUGACCGUGAGCAAAGAACAAAGUUGGAAACUGAUUGGCGAGAGAUGAUGAAGCUGUUCAUGACGACAGCCUGCAAGUCCAGCCACGCUUCUGAAAGUUCGGUUGGGAUAUGACCCAUGUAUCACAAACUUGAUACGAUGUCUUUUGUUUUGCUUGUUUUGUAGGGAUAUAACAUCAUACAUUUCAUACUUUCGUUGCUUGUUUUAACUACUAACAUUUAUUCUUAAUCAUCAUAAUUUUUGGAUUUAA